ACUUUUUCACUCACAACAGGAAAUCAUUCAUUGUUCUGCUACUGUGCGAGCGGACGAGUCACUUCGAUCUAUUGGAAUUUAGAGUAUAGACAGUGCCUUAGCUGUUUUUCCUUAGUAUUAUCUUUUUGUUGGAAACAGUGUGAGUUAAACUUGUCGCCAUGCUGCGGCAACUGUUAUUACCUCCGGUAUUGCUAUUUAUAGCUCUCGGAGUUCCCUCAAACGCACAAAGCGAGGCGCCAGCUGCGGGCGCCGGGGGCACCGCAGGCGCUGCGGGCGCUGCCAGCGCGGCGGCGGCCGGCGACGUGGCGCUGGAGCUCACGUACUACGACGUGGGCCGCGCCUUCUCCUUCAACUGCACCAUCCCGCGCACUGCGGACGCCGGUGGCUUCGUUUGGAGGAAGAACGGCACUCUGGUGGAGGAAGUCUGGGACCUGCGCGAGCGAUACAAGCUGGAGGAGGGCGGCGCCGUGUUCCGCCUCAACGGACGCUCGGCCGAGGACGACUUCGGCAACUACACCUGCGCGCUCGGCGGCGCCGCGCCCGCGCAGGGCUGGGAGCUGCGCGGCCGCCCAUACGCCAAGCUGCCCGCCAACACCAACGUCGUCGAGGGACAGAAACUUAAGCUCGUCUGCAGGGUGGUGGGCAAGCCGUACCCCGAGGUGAAGUGGACGGUGGCCAACUCGUCGGAGGAGGGCAACGGCACGGACGUGACGGUGGCGCUGGGCGCGCGCGCCGUGCUGGCGGCGUCGGAGCAGGGCGUGGCGGGCGCCGAGCUGGUCCUGGAGGCGGCGCAGCGCGGGGACGCCGGCGUGUACUCGUGCGUGGCGGCGGACGGCCAGGCCGCCACCACGCUGCGCGUCAAGGACAUGUACGCGGCGCUGUGGCCCUUCCUGGGCAUCUGCGCCGAGGUGUUCGUGCUGUGCGCCAUCAUCCUGGUGUACGAGAAGCGCCGCACCAAGCCCGAGCUGGACGACUCGGACACGGACAACCACGAGCAGAAGAAGUCGUAAGGCGCCGCGCGGCGGGUCGCGGGCAGCUGGCGCCCGUUGACUUUGUGAUCGUUGUUAUGUUUCGUUCGCAAUAGAUCCCGUGCCUCCCCUUCUCCCCGUUGACGACGGCGUCGUUCUGCCGGCCGGCCUCUACGUCUGUCGCUCCUUCGCGUCCGUCCGGUCGUCGCAGAACGGGCUGCUAAUUUAAUGUUUCAAAUCCGAGAAAGUACAAUAACUAAAAUUCAAGCUCUACAGUGUUUUAUACUAAUCACAGAAAUACAUUUAUUAGACUCAACUAUGCUAUUUUAAAUAUAGCUUUGUAAUAUAAUUAUGUUCUGACUCGUUUGUACUUAUAUUUUAUUUUUUAGAUUUUUAUUACUUUGUUUAUCGUUACUUACAUAGUGUAAGUGCCGAGCGGCGACGAUGCCUGUAAUAAUAUUAUACAUUAUUGAGGUAACUAGACGUUCCGACACCUUGUUGUUACGCCUGUACAACUUGUGAGACGAGACAGAUUUCGAAGUUCUAAGCUUCAAACGCAAGGCGCUGCCGAGCUCGUCAGUUGCAACUGUCACAGCCGCUCGAUACCGACUAUAUUAUGUAUUUAAUAACAGAAUUAGAUAAUAUAAUAAAUUAUUAUGUUUA